AUGUCUUUAAUUCCGAAGAUUGAUAAGAAGGCUAAACUUGAUGAUCAGAACUUUGGUAAACUAGAAGAUUUAGUGAAUAAUAUCAAGAAAUUAGUUUCGAAGACUGGUUCCUCAUUUACAUCACUUCUUACGCAAGAGCUUUUAACUAAGAAACUUCGUUUGUUGGAGUCUCCCAUUCACAAUGAACUAGCUCCGGUUGCCAAGCUAGUAAAUCUGAUGCCAACGGAUGCCACAUCUGUUCACACAGGGGUGCAAGGGGGAGAAGGGAUAGGUGUUGGAAUGGAUAUGGGUUCGAAGAUUAGCAUGGGAGGAAGUGGAUCUUCGAAAGGUAAUGAUGAUGCGAAAGUUGUUGGGAAUGUUAUCUCUACUUAA